CACACCGUGUUAUAUGCGCGUCUGUCCUCUCCUUCACUCACUCUCCUCCUCCCUUUCUAAAUAUCAUCACCACCUCCUUCCUUCCUUCCUCUCUUCUCUCCACAAGAACCUCUUUCUCCUCACCCAAUCUCCCACCGCUCAACUUCUUCACUUUUCACAAUUAGGUCAAGCAUUAAACAAACUUUAAAUCAAAAUUCAACCUCAAAAUUGCGUCCUUUCUCUUCCUUUUUCACCAAAUCUUGAACAGGAAGUGGGUGUUUUUAUCUUCACAGAAGGAAUUAUAAAGGGGUUCUAAUAAGAACCAAUCUUCUAUAUUAACUCUGGCAGAUUUUUUAACCAUAACUUCUCACACCUUGAGGAAGGUGUGGGUUUCAAAAGGACCUUUCCUAUCUCCAUUCAUUCCAACUUCAUCCAGGUCUCUUCCAAUUGAUUACGGCUAAUACUGCCUUUUCGCACAACCCACAAAUGUGAUUACGGGUUUCCAUUAUAAUCGAUCAAUUGUAGCAAUAUAAUCUUAAGAAGAAAAAAGAAGGAAUUUGUUGUUGUUUGCUGAGGAUUUGAAUUAACCCCAUUUUAGUUAAAUGGCCAAAAUGGGUUGUUUCUCUGUACUGGUUGGGAGGAAGAAGAAAUCAAGGGGAGAGGGAGUAACUUCAGACCCUGUUCAAUACAAAAAGGAAGUAGGAACUUUGCAGUUGAGAGAGGGAGAGUAUUCAGACCCUUUUCUACACAAGAAGGAACAAGGAACUCUGCACUUAAAGUUGGUAAAGAAUGCUAAUGGAUUUAGCUCUGCAAAGGUGAUGAGCGAUGAAAGUAUAGUAGUGGAACCGGAGGUAGCUUAUGAAGGGAGUGAUGAGGGUGAUGAGGAUUCACCGAUGAAGAGGAAUCUCUCUGAUUUUGAUCUCCCAUCUCAAGUGGGUAUCAAAGGAGAAGAGAACAACCCAUCGAUGAAUAGAAGCACUGGUUCAUCUAAGUCCACCAACGAGAUGAAUGACCCAUUGGAUACUGAAUCGGAUAGGGAAGCUGGAGUGUCAGUUGACAGAUUGAUGAUUCAAAGUGGACAUAUUAGUGAUCCUGGAAUUGGUAGGGGUGAAUUUUGGGCUACACCCACACUGAAACGAUCAUGUUCAAAUCUUGAAACCAGUAAUAUGCUCAGGAAAAUAGCAGAUCAAUUGCCUCCUUCAAAAUCUCACUCAUUCGAGGAUUUGCAGAAUUUAACUUUAAGAAUGAGAGAGGAUGUCGAGGCUGGAAAUCAAGGUAGCCCUUUGUCAGUGAUGAGUCCUUGUAGUGCUGAUAGAGUGAUGUUGAAGAAACAUUCGUCGAGCCAAGUACUUCCUUCAGGAAGCAGAAAACUUUGGUGGAAGCUUUUCCUUUGGAGCCAUAGGAAUAUGCACAGAUCCAGAACUAUGAGAACAAAGUCACUGGCCAUCAGCCAAAGAUCAAACCAGAAAGGAGGAUAUUGUUCAGACACCUUUGAACCAAAGCGGAUCUCGGAGUCGGCCAAAUUAAAGGCACCAGUAUCAGCCACUGAGGAAUCUGUAAUCAAUAACAAGUUUCAGCAGUGGGGCGAUUUCGAUGGUAGAUGUUCAGGCUUUUUGCCGCAGAAUCAGUGGGUUGCUUUCUCUACAGAGUCAUCCACCCUAACAAGAGUGAAUGAGUGGGUGAAUAAUCUUGAAAUUGAACCUACUCUGUUACUUGAUGAUGAUAAAAAAGGAAGUUGUGAGGGGAUUAGUUUCCCACCUUCACCAGAGGCUGGUGAAACAUCAGCAAGAACUGCGAUGACUCCCUUUAAUCCACGCUACAAUCCUAAUGUGUCAGAGGAGGUCUUGUAUGCGAAUAGUGUAAUCCAAUCUCUUAAUUCUUCCUCAACUGUGGCUCACAUAUCUGCCAUGAGUUCAAAAGUCAUCCCGGCUAUGUCACACUUCUCAAGUCUUCGAUCCGUCAAUCUAUCCGGCAACUUCAUAGUUCGUAUAACUCCUGGAUCACUACCAAAGGGACUUCACACUCUCAAUUUGUCAAGAAACAGAAUUGUCGCAAUAGAGGGCCUCAGAGAGCUUACCCGAUUGCGCGUUCUCGACCUAAGUUACAAUAAGAUCUCCCGCAUCGGCCAUGGUCUGUCUAACUGCACACUCAUCAAAGAACUUUAUCUAGCUGGAAAUAAGAUCAGCGAUUUGGAAGGAUUACACAGACUCUUGAAGCUGACAGUGCUGGACUUGAGCUUCAACAAGGUUACUACAGCAAAAGCUCUAGGCCAGCUUGUUGCAAAUUACAACUCCCUUCUAGCUCUUAACCUACUCGGUAACCCAAUUCAGAGCAACAUCGGGGAUGACCAACUACGUAAAGUAAUCUUAGGAAUUCUUCCGCAGCUAGCAUAUUUGAACAGGCAAUCUAUUAAACCACAAAGAACGCGGGAAGCUGCAAUGGAUGGUUUGGCUAAAGCAGCUCUGGGGAACACUGAAUGGAGUUCCAGGAGGAAACAAUCAAAGAGGGCUGGCCAAACUGGAUCAUCUUCUCUUGGCAAACAUAAGAGCAAAGUCGGUGGACAGAGAAACAAACACAGGUCAAAGACCAGCAGCCAUAAUUUCUCCACUCAGUUAAAAUUGUCAUCAUCUGCAGUUGCUUCAUCUUCCAAUUGAAUAUCUUUCCUAUAUCGGUGAACUAUGUUUUAUGUUUAUUCAUGGGAUUGUUUUGUUUUGUGAGAUUUUGCAAUAUUUUGUUCAGUUUUGUGCUUAUUUUGAUUGUUAUCUUAGUGUGAAAUGAAUAAAUCAGAAUAUGAAGAGCUCUCGUAAUUUGAGAAGCUUUCAAUUUAAGUUCCUCUUCCA